ACGCUGGUGAGAUUAUGCGAAUGGACAGGUAUGCAGGAGAACAUCGAGAGCAGGUAAAUCAAUAGAGACAAUGUCGACAUAUUCUGUGGAACAAACAAUUGUGACCUCAAAACCUGGCUGAUUUAUUACUGCUCAUCUUCCCGCUGGUUGAUAUCAUCCCGACUUUCUUUUCCCGAUAAGAACUUCCAAGUCGCUUCCUUCACCGUCUAUCGAUAACUCUCUUUUCCACCCCCUGAUAAACCUUCCACCCCGGAACAGUCAAAGAUCACCCCGCAACAAUGCCGUAUCUCAAGAACGGAUCUUCCUCUCCUUCCGACUCAGAGCCUCCUUCUCCUAGUGAUGCUUUCCAAAAGCUUGUCCUAGACCUCAGCGCCGCCCUGGGUCCGAGCUCCGGUCUCGACUCCGCCGAUGUCGACCCCAAUGACAUCCAACGGCUGAUGGAGAAGUACGUCUCCAAUUCGGAUGAGUGGUCUCAAUUUGCCCUGGGUGAUCCCAGUCGGACAUACACACGGAACCUCAUCGACGAAGGCAAUGGGAAGAGCAAUCUGCUUAUCUUAGUCUGGAGCCCUGGUAAAGGAAGUGCCAUCCAUGACCACGCCAAUGCACACUGUGUCAUGAAGAUCCUCAAAGGUUCCCUCCAAGAAACCCUCUACACAUGGCCCGAUAAAGACAAGGUGGAACAUGGCCAGGUGUCACCGCCUGAAAUCACAAAACAGACCAUAUACGGCGAGAACGAAGUUACAUACAUGUCCGAUAAGCUUGGUCUCCAUAAGAUAUCCAACCCUGACCCUAAGAACUUUGCCAUUUCACUGCAUCUCUACACACCACCAAACGCUGCCACAUUCGGUUUCAACGUCUUUGACGAAAAGACUGGCAAGUCAAACCACAUCAAGCAGAGCAACUUUUACUCGGACCGAGGACAACGGUGCUAAGCAGGUCUAUCACCGCAUCCUAAGCCCUCCGCUAUCCCCAUGACACUCUCCGUUUCUCCAUUUCGGUAUUAUUAUUAUCAUUACUAUCACUCUGUUUAAUGUUUUAUUUCUAAGCCACAGAGGGUAUGCAUUCUUUGGUUACCACAAUACCCUGUUUGAACUUUGUUGUAUUUUUCUCGGUUAUUAUCAGACUACUAGAUAGAACUCGAUGCAUAGGCAUUAAUGAGUAAAUGAGAUCAAUGAGAUUGCAUGUCUUCACCAUCAG